UCAGAAUCGCUUUCUCGGGAGCAUCUACCCGGGAGUUUGAUGGGGAAUUGGGGAUAGAAUAAGUGACAUCAGUUGACAGCCUGUAACAUACAGCCAAUCUAUGGCCGCUGAGGAGGGGGAGGAGCAGGUGCCAGAUUCUGGAGCUUUAUUUACUUUUGGAAAGAGUAAGUUUAAAGAUAAUGUUCCAAGCAAAUUUUGGUUGAAAAAUGACAAGCCUGUACAUAUUUCAUGUGGGGAUGAACAUACAGUGCUAGUAACAGGAAAUGGAAAACUCUUUGUCUUUGGCAGUAACAACUGGGGACAGCUGGGUCUGGGAGCUGGGAAUGCCAUCAACACACCAACAUGUGUUAAAGCUUUAAAAUCUGAAAAAGUGAAGCUGACCUCAUGUGGCAGAAAUCACACAUUGGUUUACACAGACCAAGGAAAGAUUUAUUCGUCUGGUGGGAACAGUGAAGGACAACUGGGUCUUGGCGACCUAACAGAGAGGACAAGUUUUCAUGAAAUUCCAUUUUUUAGCACUAAGUACAAAAUCAAACAGUUAUCAGCUGGAUCCAAUACAUCAGCAGCCCUCACUGUGGAUGGCAAGCUCUUCAUGUGGGGAGAAAACUUAGAAGGUCAGCUUGGCUUAGCGAAUGAAUCAAACCUCUCUACUCCUCAUCAAGUUGAUGUUGGGAAACCAAUCUCUUGGAUAUCCUGUGGCUACUACCACUCUGCAUUUGUAACACAGGAUGGUGAACUAUAUACUUUUGGGGAACCUGAAAAUGGCAAGCUUGGACUAUCUCCAGAAAAGCUUAAAAACCACAAACUACCUCAACGUGUUUCUGGGAUAUCUGGCAAGGUGAAGAUGGUGUCCUGUGGUGGAGGGCACACGGUUGCAGUGACAGAAUCAGAGGUUUAUACAUUUGGCCUUGGUCAAUUUGGCCAACUUGGACGUGGAACAUUCAUUUUUGAAGCUCCCCUGCCUAAAGCAGUAGAUGCUCUGAAGAAACAUAAAAUCCGAUCUGUUGCUUGUGGGGAAAACCACACUGCUGUAAUUACAGACACUGGCCUUCUAUAUACAUUUGGAGAUGGACGACAUGGCAAACUGGGAUUAGGGGAUGAGAAUUUCACCAAUCAGUUUGUACCUACAUUGUGUUCCAAUUUUUUGAAGUUUACAGUUCAAUCGGUUGCUUGUGGUGGUUGCCACAUGCUGGUCUUUGCAGUACCAAGGCCCAAAGAUUUGGAAGUAAAUCUUUUAGAUGAAAAAGAAAAUUAUAUGGCUGUAAAUUCUCUUAAUAUAGACAGUGGCAUGUCUACAUCAUUACAGAGAACGCACUCUGCUCGUUUGAGACGGAGGGAAAGGGAAAUGUCACCUGAACAAAUCCGUGCUUUGACGCGAACAUUGCCACCUUUGGGGGAUAAUUUCUUAAACUCUUCAUUGCCUGUAACAAGCAAAACAGUGCCUCCAAGGGUGCUUAAAGUGCGUCAACCCUCUUCCCAUUCAUUAAACCCAAGUGACCACCAUGAAUCUGCAGCAGACUCUGUGCCAGUAGAAGAAAACCAGGCGCAAGAGUUGGUGCACAGUUUUUCAGCAGACGAUGAUGACACAAUAAGUGAAAAUCCAAACCAAGAGUUUGGCAAUACCACUGAUGUCUUAAACAUGACACAUGCAUUGAGUAUGAACCAUGGUAACAGCACCUUAAGUUUUUCACCAAUUCAAAAACGAAAGGAACAAGACAAAGAUGAAGAGUCUGAAGAAGAGAGCGAAGAAGAUGAGGCAGAAGAGGAAAGUGACAAUGAAGAAGAAGAAGGUGAAGAUGAUGAAGCUGAUGAUAAUGAUGAUGAUUCUUCAGGCGAUAAAAAAGAAGUUAAAACACCUGCAAAUAACGAUAAGGAUACAAAGACAGAGGAGCAGGAGAAGCAGGAGAAGACACCUGUAAUUAAAGAUGGGAUGGAACAUGAACCACAGAAUGGUAAUGAAAUCUGUUCUGUAGAAAAUGAUAAAGAAAAACCAGCAGUGGGACUUCUUGAGAAAACAAAGCGGAUGUCUCUUUUUAAAAGAAAAUCAAUGACGAGCAAAAAACCAGAACAAGACAAAGGAGAAAAUGCUGAUGCAUCUGAAACCAAAAGCAUUGAAAAUACACCCAAAAUACAAGAGGCAACUCAAGGUAAAGGAAGCAUAGAUGAAAACGAAAACAAAACAAAAGAAAACUCUAAAAACACUGAGUUGCCUAAUCAGGAGGCUGUGGAAACGGGAAAAGGCCCCGUCGGCAGAAGAUCCAAAUCAGCCACAUGUAGAAUAAUAUAAAAACAGUGCGGAACUGAUUCUGGCUUGAAAAAAAAAUCCAGUUAAUGUACAAGAUUCAUAUUUACAAGUUAACAUAAAACAUUAUAAGACUUUAGUAAAAAAAAAGUGACUUUGAGUGAGACUGAAAUCAUAUAUAAAAGGAAUGGUAUAUAACAGGUGUUGAGUUUGUUCAUUUUUAAAAGUUAAUAUGGAUAAAACCACUAAAGUAUAUUUCUUUGAUUGCUAGAUCCACAAGCAAUUUAUUACUUUGUGGUUUAGCUUUUACUUCAGCCCUAAAGGGUUAUUUGUCAAGCACUUUAUUGCAGGAAACAAUCAGCUUUUAAAAUAAGUAUAAAUAAAACACGUUUUCUAUAUCAAUAUUGUUUGCUGCAGAAUUUAAAUUGUGAAAUUUUUUAUUUUUGACUACAACUUUUGAAUGCAACAUUUUGUAUUGCUGUGUGUUUCCUGUGCUUUCAUAUAUUAUAAGCUUUAUGUAUAUAUAAAAAUAUAUAUAUGUAUCUUGACUUACGCAGCAAAUUAAUACCUGGUGGGACCCCUUAAAGGGACAUAAAAUAAACCGAAAUGUUUAUUUCAUGAUUCAGAUACUGUGUGCAAUUAAAAAAAUAUAUAUGUAUCUUUCCAAUUUAA